GAGGGAAAGCAUCAGCAUCAGCGUUUUGAGUGAAGAGAAAAGAAGAAGAAAGAAUUAGCAGAGAAGAAUGGCCCGCACAAAGCAGACGGCAAGGAAGUCGACCGGGGGAAAAGCUCCCCGCAAGCAGUUGGCAACGAAAGCAGCGAGGAAGUCUGCACCAGCAACAGGAGGAGUGAAGAAGCCACACAGGUUUAGGCCUGGCACUGUGGCCCUCAGAGAGAUCCGCAAAUACCAGAAGAGUACUGAGCUCCUCAUAAGGAAGUUGCCCUUCCAGAGGCUCGUUAGGGAGAUUGCACAGGACUUUAAGACCGAUCUGCGCUUCCAGAGCUCCGCCGUUGCGGCGCUGCAAGAGGCAUCGGAGGCGUACCUGGUGGGGCUCUUUGAGGACACCAACCUCUGCGCCAUUCAUGCUAAGAGGGUCACCAUCAUGCCCAAAGAUAUUCAGCUUGCUCGCCGUAUCCGAGAUAUUCACCAGAGGUUGAUUUCGAAAGAGUGAUCGAUGUGUGUAGCAUGGGGUUCAUCCUUGUCAAGUAUGCAUAAGGCCUAUUAUAUGUGACGUGUGAGUGUUCUGCCAGUUGUUUUAUACGCAUGCUAUUUUGAUGGAUUAGAGUUGAAUUAAUAGUCUUGCAUAUGCCUAGUACAUGUUUUGAGACUGGAAGUGGUAAUUGGAUAGAGGCUAAUGGAAUGGUCAGAAACAGUAAAUAGGUAUCAGGAAUUGCCCAAAUAAAAAAGAA